AUGAGCGCCUCGCACAUCCUCUACGUCGGAUCCUACGCCAGCACCCUCUCCUCCCUCACCCUGACCGUACCCUAUACCUCCUCCGCCGCCGCCGCCGCCUCCUCCCUGAUCGUCUCCAAUCAGCUCAGCCCCCCCUCUCUCGGAUCCGGUCCCUCGUGGUUGACCCAACAUGGAACGACGAUCUAUACCGCCGACGAGGAUUCCCAUCCUUACGCCUUGCAUUCAUGCUAUUCGAUCGACGCCCAACAUCCUACGAUCCUACACUUCCAAGCCAGCCUCAAAGUCCCGAACCAAACCGGACCCGUGGACCUCAUUCUCUCCUCGGACCACGCGCACCUCUACGCGGCCAAUUACGUCUCCGGAUCAGUGAGCAACAUCGCAUUGGACGCGAGAACAGGUUCCUACCUUUCUGGAGCGACACCGCAAUCGAUCGUCUUCACCGGUGCGGGCCCCAAGUUGGAUCGGCAAACCGGACCGCACGCGCACCAAGUCGCGCUCGAACCGACCGGACGUUACCUCCUCGUCUGCGAUUUAGGCUCGGACCAAGUCCGCGUCUUUGAUACGCAUACCCCCUCGGGGGAUCUCAACCCCUUGGACUCGUUAUCCGUCGCGCCUGGAAGUGGACCUAGGCAUUUACUUUUCGCAGGGGAAGGGACUCUAUCGGACCCUACGCUCGUGUACCUCGUGAACGAACUUUCAAGUACGCUCCUCAUCGCUCGACUCGAUUACCCGAUCGAACCUUCCCCACAUCUCACCUGGACGAUCUUACAAACUAUCUCGAUCCUACCUUCGACUCAACCGACUUUAAAUUGGACGGGUGGUGAACUGGUCCUUUCCCCCGAUCGACAACACCUCUUCGUUUCGAAUCGAUCCCCGAAGCAAAGCCCCGCUCUCAAAGGCCACGACCUCCUCUCCAUCUUUGAACUCGAUCUCGCGACGGGCAAGACGACCUCGACCGAACCGACCUUCUUCCCCCUCCCCGGCUUACAUCCCCGACACAUGUCCCUCAGUCCGGAAGGUGAUUAUUUGGCUGUGGCUUUACAGCAUUCGAAUAAGGUCGUCGUUUAUAAGCGGGUAGGAGCGCAAUUGGAAUCGGUGGGAGAGGUGGAGGUGCAGAAGCCGACUUGCGUGAUUUGGAAUACGGGAGGGUUGGAGAAGGUGGGGAAGGUUGUUCAAAGUUGGGUAGAGUGA